CCGGACGGACGGCCGAGAGCUACCGCUCCCGAACCAACCGGCCGGAGUGUCGGAGUGACGACCCCGGUGUGGAGCAGGCAGCACGAGAAAAAAAAAAAAAAAAAAAAAAAAAAAAAGCCACCGGGAGAGAAAGAGAGAGAGAGAGAGAGAGAGAGAAAGAGAGACACCGAGUCUAGAUCAAGUGAGCGCCCCGGCUCCCGUUCCGGAUCCCGUGCAAGAGCAAACGGCCGCGUCCGCCCGCCGCCGCCUCCAUCGUCGUCGUCGGGGGAGGAGGGGCCGGCCGGACCCCGGGGUCACUCGCGGAGGAAUGAAGAAGACAGGCCACCGGGCCCCGCUCUCCGUCCGGGCCUAGGGCCUGCGCCCCGGAGUCCUCGAGGGUAGAGACCUGAAUUUUGAUCUAUGUCCUUCUCACAUAGUGUUGCCUGAAAGUACUUGAUGAUCACAUGACCCUGGACAUGGAUGCUGUCCUGUCGGAAUUUGUCCGUUCCACGGGAGCAGAGCCAGGGCUGGCCCGAGACCUCCUUGAAGGAAAGAAUUGGGACGUGAGUGCUGCCCUCAGUGAUUUUGAACAGCUACGCCAAGUCCAUGCUGGGAACCUGUCUCCACCCUUCAGUGGAAGGAGUCGUUGCUCCAAGGCCUCUGAAGACGUGUGUUCUGAGACCAGAGAAUCCACCCGCCCUCCCCGACCUGUCUUGCAGAGGCAGGAUGACGUCAUUCAAGAAAAACGCCUGUCUAGGGGCAUCUCCCACGCCAGCUCCAGCAUUGUUUCCCUGGCCCGGUCCCAUGUCUCCUGCAAUGGUGGGGGUGGGGGGAGCAGUGAGCACCCCCUGGAAAUGCCCGUCUGUGCCUUCCAGCUUCCGGAUCUCACUGUGUACAAGGAAGACUUCCGCAGCUUCAUCGAGAGAGACCUCAUUGAGCAGUCCAUGCUGGUGGCCUUGGAGCAGGCAGGCCGUUUGAAUUGGUGGGUUAGUGUGGACCCCACCUGUCAGAGGCUGCUUCCUUUGGCAACUACUGGAGAUGGGAACUGCCUCCUGCACGCCGCCUCCCUGGGGAUGUGGGGUUUCCAUGAUCGGGACCUGAUGCUGAGGAAGGCUUUGUACGCGCUGAUGGAGAAGGGAGUAGAAAAGGAAGCACUGAAGAGACGCUGGAGGUGGCAGCAAACUCAGCAGAAUAAAGAGUCAGGACUGGUAUAUACUGAGGAUGAAUGGCAGAAAGAAUGGAAUGAACUCAUCAAGCUUGCUUCAAGUGAACCCCGAAUGCAUCUAGGUACCAACGGAGCCAGCAGCAGUGGCGUGGAGAGUGCGGAGGAGCCAGUGUACGAGAGCCUAGAGGAAUUUCACGUCUUCGUCCUUGCGCACGUGCUAAGAAGGCCCGUGGUGGUGGUGGCAGACACCAUGCUGAGGGACUCUGGAGGGGAAGCAUUCGCCCCUAUUCCUUUUGGAGGAAUCUAUCUGCCCUUGGAGGUCCCCGCCAGCCAGUGUCACCGAUCCCCUCUGGUGCUGGCCUAUGAUCAGGCCCACUUCUCUGCGCUUGUGUCCAUGGAACAGAAGGAGAACGCCAAGGAACAAGCUGUGAUCCCGCUUACAGACUCCGAGCACAGGCUGCUGCCCCUGCACUUUGCUGUGGACCCAGGAAAAGACUGGGAGUGGGGCAAAGAUGACAAUGACAAUGUCCGGGUGGCCAGUAUAAUUCUAUCCCUGGAGGUCAAACUCCACCUGCUGCACAGUUACAUGAACGUGAAGUGGAUCCCGCUGUCCUCUGAUGCCCAGGCCCCUCUGGCCCAGCCUGAGUCCCCCACGGCCUCAGCUGGAGAUGAGCCCCGGUCCACUCCCGAGUCUGGGGAGUCAGACAAGGAGUCGGUUGGCAGCAGUUCUACCAGCAACGAGGGCAGCAAGCGGAAGGAGAAGUCCAAGCGAGACCGGGAAAAGGACAAGAAGAGAGCAGAUUCUGUGGCCAACAAGCUGGGCAGCUUUGGCAAAACCUUGGGCAGCAAGCUCAAAAAGAACAUGGGGGGCCUGAUGCACGGCAAGGGCUCCAAGCCCGGAGGGGUGGCGAUCGGGGCGGGGGUCAGCAGUGGCACCGAGACCCUGGAGAAGAAGAAGAAGAACUCCCUGAAGAGCUGGAAGGGCGGCAAGGAGGAGGCGGCUGGGGACGGGCCAGCGGCGGAGAAGCCUGCGGCCGAGUCGGCGGGCAGUGGAGGGAGCAAGUACAGCCAGGAGGUGAUGCAGAGCCUGGGCAUCAUGAGGGUCGCCAUGCAGGGGGAAGGCAAGUUCAUCUUUGUCGGCACCCUGAAGAUGGGCCACCGCCAUCAGUAUCAGGAGGAGAUGGUCCAGCGCUACCUUGCCGACGCCGAGGAGAGGUUCCUGGCCGAGCAGAAGCAGAAGGAGGCGGAGAGGAAGAUCGUGAACGGAGGGUUAGUCAGUGGGCCUCCUCCAGCCAAAAAGCCCGAGCCCGAUGGUGGGGAGGAACCGCUGACUGCUCCCGCCGCCGAGUCCAAGGCCGUGGCUUUCUCUGCUGGCUAUCCCGGGGGCUUCACUAUCCCUCGGCCUUCUGGGGGUGGAGUCCAUUGCCAGGAACCCCGGAGGCAGUUGGCAGGGGGUCCAUGUGUGGGGGGCCUACCACCAUAUGCCACCUUCCCCAGACAGUGCCCCCCCGGGCGCCCUUACCCCCACCAGGACAGCAUCCUUCCUCUGGAGCCAGGCAAGGAUGGCACACCCCGGGGUGCGUUGUUGCCACCCCAGUUCCGAGUGGCUGAUUCCUAUAGCAACGGCUACCGAGAGCCCCCCGAGCCAGACGGAUGGUCAGGAGGGCCCCGGGGGCUUCCGCCGACCCAGACCAAAUGCAAACAACCGAACUGCAGCUUCUAUGGACACCCCGAGACGAACAACUUCUGCUCCUGCUGUUACCGGGAGGAGCUGCGGCGGCGGGAGCGGGAGCCCGGCGGGGAGCUGCUUGUGCACAGGUUCUGAGCGGGCGACCGUGGCGGGCAAGAGGCUAAACACGGAAAACUAAGCUCACCCCUCUGGCUCACCGAGACCCGGCCCCGCGUGGACGGGCCACGCGCAGAGAUGUUGGUGGGAGCCUGGCUGGAAACUGUGGAAGUGAGUGUGCCCGGGCGCUGCCAGGCUGGCCAGAGCAGGCCAGGCCCGGUGCCCCCGGGGCUGCCUGGUCCUUGGCAGAGCUUGACUUGAUGGCACCGAGAAGGGUUCAGGGGAAGACGAUGAUUCUGCCACGUAACCUCUUGAGUCCCGUGCCAGGGCCUGGGUGCCAGGGCCCAGGCCGGGGCAUGUUUGCUGGGGGCGGGGGCUUCGGGAGAGCCUGUGCGGAAGGAAGAGCGGACCACAGCGCCUCGCGGUGGACGAAGGCGCGUGGUGGCGGAGGGGACUGUGGAGGGAAACAGAUACUGGGCAAAAUUGGUUUGAACUAAGGUAGGUGGUAGGGUUGGAUUUAAAAAAUAACAAAAACAACCACACACACAAAAAUACAACCUUCCUCCUGGGGGAGCUGGGCGAGGAGGCCCGGCUAGGAGGAGGGUUGUCCACGCCCCAGUUCAUAGAGCUGGGAAAGGAAGGAACUUAAAAGAGGAUUCUUUGUCCUCGUAAGUUGUUUUCUUCUAGGUAGGCGUCUGUCCAUGCUAGUUUUAGGUCCUACUGCCCACUAUGCCCUCUCUUCCUCAUCUGUUUUGAUGGCUGAGCUCAGCUAAGUUGAGAAGUAGUGAUUUUCUUUUUAAAGAUUUUCAUUUCAUUUUUUAAAAAAGUUCCCUCUGGGAAAGAAGAGAAUGAUGAGACGAGCAGCUGUGUGUGUUGAGAUUGCUUCAGGUGAAUGGUUGCAGAGUGAUCUAUUUUUAACUACUUAGCAAUAAUCACACGUGGAGUUGGAGUGUUUCUCGGGAGGGGUGGAGACAGGCCAGACUGUUGCAGACAAAACCAAAAACCUACAUAAAGCACUACUGUCCUCUGCUGCUGCAUUUCUGUAGAAAGCAACUUAUUUUACUAACUUUUUAAAGGAAAAAGAAACAAAAGAUCCCCAACAAACAAAAACGUUUUAAAAAGUGAUUACUAUAUCCCCCCCCCAUUUAAGUGAUUUUUUUUUUUCUCUCCUUCCUGUAUACUUCUGGAGAAUUUAACAUCCUGGCUUCUUUUGUUAAGCCAUAGCUGACCUUAAUCUGUGGUUAAUUAAAAAUUAAAAAAAAAUCUUUGUAAGAAGAGUUAUUUUUUAUAUUAGGACAGAUGCUGAAACACGGGCUAGGGAACAUUUAUAAAGAUAGUUACAGAAAUAUAUUUUAGUGAACUAUAGCCAUGGGCCGCAGAUGAGUCCCAGUGAGCUGUUCCGUCUGGAUUUCUCCCUUUUCCUGAGCCCACCCUCGUCUCCAGGGGACGGGAGUGGACACAGCCGAGAGCUGCCUUGCAGUUUGCACGAAGCACAAGUCUUGACAGCCUAUGCUCUGACCGGAGCCAUUUCUAAGAGCUUUAAACCAGAAGAUAUAUCCUGGGCCAAUUUUCUUUUUUCUUUAUAUUUUUUCCUGGGGGAAAAAAUCAUCUAUGCAAUUACCUACCUACACUCCUGGGUGCGUGUGAAGAAGGGGAAUAAGUGUGCUUACAUGUCCUGAGUGUUAACUGUUUUCUGUACUUGCAUUUCUCUGUUGAUGUGUGCACUCACCAGCCGUCUAGUGGAAUGUAAUCCCCACAUUUGACCUCAGUCACACAUGGCCCUGUGUGCGUGCUGUGGGGACUCUUGUCUGCGUUUCUUUUACCUAGUAAGGAAAGUUACCUGUUUCCCCCUCCCCCACGCCUAGUAACAAAGCCAGCCAAGGGUUCCUCAUUGUUUCCUUUUUUCCUCAACAUAUUUGAUUUAAUCAUUUCCUAUGGUGAUUCUUAGGCAUUUGUUUUCUUUUGUAUGUAACCCUGGCUGGCCAGACUGGGACUCACUAUGUAGUACAGACUGGCCUUCAGCUCACAGCAGUCUUCCAGCCUCAGCCUCCCAAGUGUUGGGAUCACAGGCAUGGCACACCAUGGCCGUCUUUCUUAGUCUUUUAAGGAAGCAGUGAGGUUUCAAAGGAAGGGGUGUGUAUGUUUUUGGGUAGGGCUGGAAUCUGGUAUGGGAAGAGCACUCCCCUUGGACACUUAAUUUAAAACUAUUCAGUAAUCAAGACUGUGUUUCUGGAGACAGGUCUUGCCUCUGUAGUCCAGACCUGGCUUGAAUUUGUGAUCCUUCUGCCUCAGCUUCCCAAGUGCUAGGAUUAUAGCUGUAUGCCACCAUAACCAUAAAUCAAUAUUUUUUUAAUUCAGCAUUUUUAAAAAUGUCAAAAACUCAUGUUGAACAGAAUCUUAGGAUAUGACAAGACCAGUAUUAGGGUGAAGGAAAUAAGCCUGGGUUGAGCAAAUAUGGGAAUGGAUUCUGUCUUUCUUUAAUUUUUUGGUUUUCUUUUAAUCCUAAUUUUGAUUUUUAAAAAGUACCGUAUCAAGGUCGUAUUGUUUUGGCGCCUGUAUUUGAAGCACCCUUUCAAUUUUGUGCCCAAGGUGAGUGCCUUUUGUUCCUCUCACAGUCUUGUCCGUUUCUGGAGUUCGAAUAUCACUGGUGAGGCCCUCCCCCAUGAGCCUCCACCCCUACCACAAACCUGACGCCCGGUGGCUCAAGCCCACGCCCUGACUGCACUGCUUGCUCCCCUCUCCCUUACUGUAGGGUGCUGGCCUGGGCCAGGAGGAGUGGACCGAGACCAGGGCUUUCCCAGAGAAUAAAAGCAGGGAAGUUGGUUCUCCAUUGGACUGCUGUGUUUGGACUUGAUCUGUUACUAGAUUGUAUUUAACACUUCUGUUUUUAAAAACUGAGGACAAAUGAAGAAAAACAAAAACCUUGUAUCAUGGUUGUUUUUAUUUAUACAUUAGCAAAUAUCUAUUUGUUUUGCUUUUUCAAAGAAAAAAAAAAGGAUGGAAGUUCUGGAGAAGGGGAAGGAUGUUCUAGGAGUGAAUAUGGUAAAAUAAAACUUUAGAGGGUCUUGAGUUUUUUAUUAAACUA